GUGGUUCUGUUACUUCGUCGUUUUUCCCCGUUCUCUUUCCCCAAUAAAACAAUUUGUCUUAGAGUUUUGGAGUAGAUCGUCGUGCACCUUAUUUCCCCGUCUGCCCUAUGCCGCGACAUGCCAGCAUUUUUGAAAAUGAUUGUAUCUUUAGAGGUCUAAUGUACUUCAAAAAGUCAGUGAAGUAGGUCCUCUGUAUUUCACUGUGUGGAAAAUAAUAAAUCCGGCUAAAAACGUACGGGAGAACACGCGUCACUUGUGGUAUUGGUGUUCAUCCCACUUUAAAUCAAGUCACAUUUCACCAGCAACAGCUUGCACGACUCACCGAAUUCACAAGUUCAACCUGUUGGACUAAUAACCGCGUUUAAUUUAUGCGUUUUUUCACAUUUCAAAUUUGCGCAUGCAGGUUGAGGUGGACAUGCAUCUGGCGGUGAUCACUAUUCUACUUGCUUGGUUUGGGGUGACACCGGUGCAGACGGCUCUCUGCGAGCCGGUGCGUAUCCCAAUGUGCCGGACCAUGCCGUGGAACAUAACCCGGAUGCCCAACCACCUGUACCAUAGCACGCAGGAAAACGCCGCACUGGCAAUAGAGCAGUACGAGGAGCUGCUGGGCAUCAACUGCAGCCCGGACCUGCGCUUCUUCCUGUGCGCCAUGUACGCUCCGAUCUGCACCCUGGAGUUCAUGCACGACCCCAUCAAGCCCUGCAAGUCGUUGUGCGAAAGAGCCCGGGAUGGAUGCGAGCCGGUGCUGAGGUACUACAACCACAACUGGCCGGAGAGCCUCGCCUGCGAGGACUUACCCGUGGUCGACCGAGGGGUCUGCAUUUCCCCCGAAGCCAUUGUCACUGACAUAGCCAAAGAUUUGGAAGCUGUCGAUUUUUCAAAGGAUAUUAUGUUGAACAGCUGGCGGACUACGGAAUGCUCGACCCCAACACCUGAUGACUGUAAAUGCCAGAAUACGAAACCGACAUUAUCCACAUACAUGGAAAAGAAAUACGACUACGUUAUUCAUGCUAAAAUAAUAAGUUUUAGUCGAACCGGGUGCCAGGAGAUGACAACAGUCGUGGACGUGAAAGAGGUUUUUAAAUCGACGUCCCCGAUCCCUGAAGCCCACGUGCCUCUGGUGACCAACUCAUCGUGCGUGUGCCCGGAGGUCGUGCCCGGCCAGGACGUCCUGAUCGUAUGCUACAAAUGGCACUCAAGGUUAAUGUUACUGGACAGUUGUCUUGUUGAGGGGUGGAAACACCACCUGAUAAAAAGGUAUAAGCGGUGGGAACAAAGACUACUGGAGCACCAGAGAAAGACCCCAAAGCAAAGGGCUAAGAGCAGGACUCAAACAGUGGACAACCCCAAAGAACACCCCAGGGACCAAACACAAAAGUCAGGCCGUCCCAGAAAACCUUUGCCAUCGAAAACUAUUCAAACCCAGUACUUUCCUGAUGUGUGAAAGGAUGAAAAAUAACGUGAAAAGUGGAACGGCACGCAGCGUGUCCUAUAGACGGAUAACGCAUUUACUAAUCGCCCACUGACGCGCGCCCCCUGCUGCUGAUAAUCAGAAUUCCCGAGUGUAUCUUGUUUGCAUAAUAUUCAAGCACACAACUUGCUUCAAAUACGAAUUCUAAUACAGCAAUGUUUUUUUUUUUUUUUUAAUUUAGCAUUUAACGUACAAUAAUAAUUAUCUGCUUCAUCGUAUUACUAACAGGAACGCAGUCGUUCGUU